AUGGAUCAACAGCAGAAGACGGCUCCUCCGGUCUACGACCUUUCUCAAGGUGGCCACUACGGAGCCAGCGCCGCGUUGUCCGCGCAAGGCUACGUUCCUCAUACCGAGCUGUAUUCAGGACUAUGGUCAAAUAUCAAUCAAGGCCUGACUGGGCCAUCUCGAGAAAUCCUGGCAACGUAUUGGCAACAGACCAUCAAUCAUCUCGAAACAGACACUCACGACUUCAAAAUCCAUCAACUUCCACUGGCAAGAAUCAAGAAGGUCAUGAAAGCGGACCCGGAGGUCAAGAUGAUCUCCGCUGAAGCUCCCAUCCUCUUCGCAAAGGGCUGCGACAUAUUUAUCACGGAACUGACUAUGCGCGCUUGGAUCCACGCCGAGGACAAUAAGAGAAGGACCUUGCAACGCAGUGAUAUAGCUGCCGCGCUCGCGAAGAGCGAUAUGUUCGACUUCCUAAUCGACAUCGUCCCCAGAGAAGACAGCGCUGGGCACGGCAACUCCAAACGGCCCACCACCAGCGGCCAAGCUACGGCUGCUCAAGUUCCCCCACAAAGUCAACAACAAAUGGGUCCUCCCGACUAUGGCAUGCAGCAUGGGGCAAUGGGUCCCCCUGACAGUCAAUACGGCAGGCCUCAAAUGUACCCGGGCCAUAUGGGCGGUGAUGCGCAACAAGACCCCAAUCAAGGCUAUGGUCAGCCUCCGCAAAUGUUCACCGGCGGCGAGAUGUACAACCCCUAUGCCCAGGGACAGUUUGGCGGCACUGGUGCUCAACAGAUGUACUCGAAUAUCCCAGGCCAAAGACCACAAAGUCAAGGAUAUGGAGGUCCAAGGCCCGGCACCGCAGGCAGAGAUCAGCAGGUCAAUGAGCAAGGUUACGGACCUGGUUAG